AUGGCCGCUUCCAAGGCACAUUCGGUCAUCAGCGUCGGUGCGGUAUUGGUUGCGAUUACGGCGGUAUCUAUGGCCUCGAGGAUUACGGCUCGGUGGCUACAUAAGACUAUAGGAAUUGAUGAUGCUACACAGCACGGGCUCGGGAGCCAUCGUGAUGAAGUUGGUGAUGAAGAUUAUAACAAAUACCUACAGUUUCAAAUCGCCAGCUCGAUUACGUAUAGCUGGGGAGUUGUAGCAGCGAAGGCCAGCUUUGCAGUGCUAUACCUCAGAAUAUUUCCCGAGGGCGGGUUCAGGUUUGUUAACAAGAUUUUAAUCGCGUUCCUCUUUGCGCAAGCCACCGAGGAAACAUUUGUUGUCCUAUUUAAAUGCAGCCCUGUUCGAAAAUCGUGGGACUUCAAGCUGGAGGGCUCGUGUUUCGAUCUUCAUCCUCUUUGGUAUUGUACUUUCGUCUUCAACCUAAUCACCGAUCUCACCCUAUUUCUUGAACCUAUACCCUCGACGUGGAAGCUUCAACUACCUCUUGUCAAAAGACUGGGACUAAUCUGCAUGCUUUCACUGGGCGUACUGGUAACGUCCAUUUCCGUAAUUCGUAUUGUCUACGUUACAUCCAUAGGCGAGGAUGAUACAUACCAACUUGCAGAGCCCCUUAUAUGGUCAAUGGUGGAGAUAUGCGCGCUCAUAAUAUGCUCCUGCAUCCCCUCGCUCAAACAAGUCGCGGCGUUUAUCCCUGGGCUCAACAGCGCCCUCGGGCUCUCAUCCGGCGGGGACUCGUACGGCCGCUCCGGACUCAAGAACCUCUCGAUACCGCUCAAGAGCCGGAACCGCAAGGAAUAUAUACAAUCACAGAAGUCGAAGACGAGGAGUCAGCACAGAUCGAACGCAUUCGGCAUGACGAGCCGGGUGACGGCCACGGGCAUGGACACAAUCAGCGAGAACGGUAGCCAAGAUGAGAUAUUCCCACAUAAGAGCGACCAGACGGGUGCUAUUACGGUAACGACGGAAGUCCAACGCCUCGUAGAGGAUGGGGAGGAGAAUACGAAAGAGUUUCGCGAGGCACUGAUGCCGCAUCGUGAUGAGCUGAGGAAUAUAACCGAGAGACCGGAUCGCAGUAAUUCUCCACCAAAGGGCGGUAGUGAUGCGGGUUGGUUACGGCGUUCAAAAAAUAGCCCCGUUUAA